UUACAAGUUCUUUUCAAGCACAAAGAAGAAAAACCAUGGGAGAACACAUUGCUAAUGAUAUCCAAGUUCUUCAUGAAGACAAAUUAGUUGAAGAAGAAGAAGCACUUUCUCUAUCUGACCUUCCCUUGGAUGUACACACCAAGACCAACCCUACAAAUGAAUUGUGGCCAAAUUCGAACCAGACUCGAACUCAAAAAUCGUCACUCGAAUCCACCUUCGAGUUUCUCAACGACGAAAAAGGCUCCGAUAUGUGUCCGGCUGAUGACAUAAUCUCCGGAGGCAAACUCGUUCCUUUCGGAGGAAAAACGACUCACCAUGUACAACGAAAACGAUCCGAGUCACUUUCCGAGUUGCGUAGCAGCUCCGCCAAACACGGCACCGCGCUUCUUAGGAUCAGCCGUUCUUUGGAUUCUCAGAAGAAAAAUCUCCGCCGUUCUGGCAAGAAGGAGAAAAGCUCCGACCAAUCCGAGGCUUCGCCUAAGAAAGUUGUUAAGCCGAGGUGGUAUGUUUUAGUGUUCGGAUCAGUUAAGUUCCCGCCGGAGAUGGAGCUCAGAGAUAUAAAAAUCCGGCAGGUCCGUCGGAAUCCGCCGGUCAUGUUUUCCGAUGACGGGAAAAAGGUGGCUGAUAAUAACAACAGGAGCUCCGACAAGAGUUCUUCUUCCUGGGGCUUGUUGAAAGCGUUGAGUUGCAGGGAUUAUACUAGCAUUGCUGUAACGUCGUCGUUUUACUUGCCUCAAGCCUGAUAAUUAACACUGAGAUUAAGAUAUUAAUUACGAUUUAUU